GUUCAGAGCAGUUUGUCUCAGUCUUGCACUGUUUUGAGCCAGUGAUCUUCUCUCCUUGGAGCUUGUAUACUCAAGAAAGAGAAGAAAACGCAGAUUGGCAGAAUUCUUCAAAUUUGAUACUCAGCACUGUUAUGAUCUCUUUGUUACUGGAUGUUGAGUCUGGAUGUCGGAACCGGUACAGUGAAGUACGCUACUAUUAAGCUGAGGGACCAGCUUAAAACCAACAAAAUAACAACGGGCCUAAUGCAAUCGGGAAAUCUAGGUCUCCUCAAGUGAAAAGCAAACAACCUGUCCUUCUUCUGCCCUUUCCUGAAAUCUAAAUGUGAUGGCCGUGUUGCUCUUCCCUGUGCAGCUGCUGGCAGUGGCUGUCACCAUUUAUCUGGAGCUGGUGAAGUCUGCUCAAGGCGGUGUCUACUAUGGCAUCAAGCAGCUGCCACCCCAGGUGCCCCAGUACCAACCCCUCGGACAACAAGUACCUCACAUGCCUCUGGGCAAAGAAGGCAUCCCAAUGCAGCACAUGGGCAAGGAAGUACCCCACAUGCAGUACGGGAAAGAGUACCCUCAUCUGCCUCAGUACAUGAAGGAGGUCCCGCAGAUGCCUUUGCUCGGCAAGGAUAUGGCUCCCAAGAAAGAGAAAGAAAUACCCAUGCGCAGCCUGAGGGGCGAGCAAGGUCCCCCUGGUGAGCCUGGACCAAGAGGGCCACCGGGGCCACCAGGAUUACCGGGUCACGGUGUGCCAGGAGCCAAAGGAAAACCAGGCCCACAAGGAUAUCCAGGAAUUGGGAAGCCGGGUUUGCCAGGAAUGCCGGGGAAACCGGGGGUCAUGGGGCCCCCAGGGCCGAGAGGGGAGAUGGGGCCAAAGGGGGAGAUUGGGCCCAUGGGGAUACCUGGGCCACAGGGACCUCCAGGGCCUCACGGGCUUCCUGGCAUUGGGAAGGCGGGUCCUCCAGGGCUGCAGGGACAGCCAGGGCUGAAGGGUGAGCCCGGGAUGAAGGGGCCCCCAGGAGUCCCUGGGAUCCCAGGGCCGAAAGGGGAGAAGGGUGUCGGGAUCCCAGGUUUGCCAGGGCUGAAGGGGCCCCCCGGCCUGCCCGGCCCCCCGGGUCCCGUGGGGCUGCCAGGGGUGGGCAAGCCAGGCAUGGUUGGCUUUCCAGGCCCACAGGGACCCGCAGGCAAACCUGGGCCCCCGGGAGAGCUGGGGCUGCAGGGCCCCCCGGGAGCCCCGGGGAUCCAAGGCCCUCCUGGCCUGCCCGGUGUUGGCAAACCUGGCCAGGACGGCAUUCCUGGCCAGCCAGGCUUCCCAGGUGGCAAAGGGGAGCAGGGCCUGCCAGGCCUGCCAGGGCCUCCCGGCCUCCCCGGGGUUGGGAAGCCGGGCUUCCCCGGGCCCAAAGGGGAGCGUGGCGUAGGCGGCCUGCCCGGGCCCCUGGGGCCAAAGGGGGAGAAGGGGCACGUGGGGCCACCCGGCAUGGGGGGCCCACCGGGGGAGCCGGGCCAGCCAGGACUGCCGGGAAUCAUGGGCCCUCCCGGGGCGACUGGCUUCCCAGGACCCAAGGGAGAAGGCGGCGCUGCGGGGCCACCAGGACCCGUUGGCCCCAAAGGCGAGCCCGGCCUGCAGGGCUUUCCAGGAAAGCCAGGUUUUCCUGGGGAAGUGGGGGCUCCCGGGCUCCGGGGGCUGCCCGGCCCCACGGGGCCCAAGGGGGAAGCUGGGCACAAAGGCUUGCCAGGGCUGCCAGGCGUGCCAGGGCUUGUGGGGCCAAAGGGUGAGCCAGGGCUUCCCGGUGCCCAGGGGCUGCAGGGCCCCUCGGGCAUCCCAGGCAUCGCAGGACCCAGCGGUCCCAUUGGCCCCCCGGGUCUACCGGGGGCAAAGGGGGAACCCGGCCUCCCUGGACCUCCCGGCUUCCCUGGCGUGGGCAAACCCGGUGCCGCGGGGCUGCAGGGACCCCCGGGGAAGCCUGGGGCACUCGGUCCCCCUGGCCAGCCGGGACUUCAGGGGCCACCCGGUCCCCCUGGGCCGCCAGGCCCCCCAGUCAUCAUCCCACCCACUCCACCAGCCGUCGGACAGUAUCUGCCCGAGGUGGGGCCGGGGAUAGAUGGCAUCAAGUCACCCUACGGCUACAAGGGCAAGAAAGGCAAAGCUCCCGGUGUCGUCUACGAGAUGCCUGCAUUCACAGCAGAGCUCCUCACCCCCUUCCCCCGGGUUGGGGUGCCUGUGAAGUUCGACAAGCUCCUUUACAAUGGCCGACAGAACUACAACCCUCAGACAGGGAUCUUCACCUGCGAGAUCCCGGGCGUCUACUACUUCGCUUACCAUGUCCACUGUAAAGGGGCAAGUGUGUGGGUGGCACUGUUCAAGAACAACGAGCCACUGAUGUACACGUAUGACGAGUACAAGAAGGGCUUCCUGGACCAGGCUUCUGGCAGUGCUGUUGUCCAGCUAAUGCACGGAGACAAGGUUUACGUUCAGAUGCCAUCCGAGCAGGCGGCAGGACUCUAUGCCGGGCAGUACGUUCAUUCGUCUUUUUCAGGAUAUUUAUUGUAUCCCAUGUAAAACAAAAAACAAGACACACACAACACAAAAUUAAAACCUUUCUUCUCUGCUUCAAA